AUGAAGUUCGACCCUAACUCAAAUGCAUUGCCUAUGCGUUCAGAGCUACCUGCGAUUUCUGGAGCUCCAGCCGGAGCAGCAUGGUUUUGGGGCUCGGACGAUGAGCUUGGGCGUCUUAAUCUCCUGACCAAGGAGCGUAUAGAAGAAGCAGUGAAGCUGAUAAAGACCGGGACGAUUAUAAAUCUCAAGUCGGUACAUGACCAGAUGACCACGGCGCAUCAAGAGACUAACACGAGUAUACUACAAAGCUGGCGCACGGAUUAUCCAGAUCCUCCAUCAUUUGGCAGAAAGGGUUUUGAGCACACGAUUCAACCUGUUAGCGAGUCUGCUUAUGAUGACUUGUACAAUAUGAAUACGCAGAGUGGAUCACAGUGGGAUGGUUUCCGGCAUGUCGGACUCAGGUCCAACAAUAAUAUUAUCUUCUACAAUGGACUUACCAAAGACGCAAUUCCCAAUGCGAAGUAUGGUGGAAUGCAGGCAUGGGCUGAACAUGGGAUAGCUGGCCGUGGUAUUUUGAUUGACUAUUGGGGCUAUACUGGCAAGAGCUACGAUCCGAUCACUACCCACCGGAUUUCGCUGGAAGACAUUCACGCAUGUGCCAAAUCACAAGGUCUGCAAUUUCAAUAUGGUGAUUUACUGUUCAUUCGUUCUGGGUUUGUCGACCACUAUAAUCGACUGAGCGAGACGGAGCGGAAGCAUCUUGGUAUGCUGAAAAAGUCGGAACAUGCAUUUGUCGGAGUCGAGCAAACGGAAGAGAUGCUCGACUUUCUACACAACAACUACUUCAGUGCCGUAGUAGGCGAUGCUCCAGCCUUCGAAGCUUGGCCUCGAUCAGGCAUAAACCUCCACGAAUAUCUCCUUCCACUCUGGGGUCUGCCAAUCGGUGAGAUGUGGGAUCUUGACAAGUUGGCUGAGAUGUGUAGAAGCAGGAAACAAUACACUUUCUUCAUCUCUAGCGCCCCGGCUAAUGUCCCUGGUGGUAUAGGAAGCCACCCAAACGCUAUCGCCAUCUUUUAG